GGGACACUGACAAAGUAGUCUCCCCAAAAAGAGACCAAGAUGGACAAAGAGUUGGAAAUUUGGACCUAUAAGAAUAAUUUAAGGCAGAAGAGGUUGAUCUGGAAGACUGAGAAGGGAUAAAAUAGUAAUCCUCCAGAUAGCUGAAGGCAGACAUUUGAAAAGAGAACUUACUCUAUAUGGGUCCAGAAUUGAAAUUAAUGUGAAGAAAGCAGAUUUCAAUCAGAUUUAAAGGACAACUUUUAAGCCCUCUAGCCUGCUUCAGAGUAGGAGGGUUCUCAUUUAUAAGUGAAUUUGCGGGUAUCAGAGUCAGCCAUGCCAAGACUAAGCAAUCACACAGCAGCGACAGUGCAGGGGGGAAUUAAUCCACAAAAUAAAGGCUUACGAAAGAGAAGAGUUUGCAAGACUUUUCAGUUCUGUGACUGGCUGCAUUACAGAUAGUCAUCAUCAAGAGGAGUGAUGUCAGUGUUAACUUUAAGUCUUACAAUGCAGAGAUGAUUUAGUUGGGUUCGUUAGAAAAAGCUUAAAGCAAAAUGUUAACAAAUAUGGUAGAGAAAAUGGAAUGUGCCAAAGCAAAAAAAAAAAAAAAAAAAAAGCUCCAGUUUAUGGCAAAUUUGGGAAAUAGUGAGUUCAUCUACUUGGCAGGAGAGGGAGGGUGCCUGAUCAGCAAGAAUGAGGGAUUAAGCUUAGAAGAUGAGGAGAAAGAUGCAGACGGUGUGCAAUCCAACUCAGCCCAGGCAUUUAGGCUUUUGUCCUGCAGGCAAACCAUCAAGAACUUCUGAGCAGACCAGUUCAAAGAUGAGAUUGUCAGAUGUUCAUUCAUCUGGAUCUUCAAAUGCACAUACAGAUGCAUCUGGACCCUCAGACAGUGAUAUGACAAGUUGUACACAACCUAAGCUUUAGAGCAUGGGAAGAUUGGGCAAUUUAUCCAGAACCAUUUUUGAUUAAACUAAAAAAUAUUUUCUUAGGACUUGCAUAUAUUAUUGUAGAAAAGGAAACAGAAGAUGUACUAGACAAUCUUGAUGGUGCUUCCAUCAAGGAAGAGCUUGAUGGUGCACCUCUGGAAGAUGUAGAUGGAAUUCCUAUUGAUGCUACUCCCAUGGAUGAUCUUCAUGGAAUCCCUAUAAAAAGUCCUGAUGAUGAUCUUGAUGGAGUGCCUUUGGAUGCAACUGAAAACUCAGAGAAGAAUGAGCCUAUAUCUAAAGUUGCCCCAUCAAAAUGGGAAGCUGUGGACAAAUCUGAAUUGGAAGCACAGGCUGUUACAACUUCUAAAUGGGAGUUAUUUGACCAGCAUGAAGAAUCGGAAGAAAAACAAAAUCAAGAAGAAGAAAGUGAAGAUGAAGAAGAUACUCAAAGUUCCAAAUCUGAGGAACAUCAUCUGUACUCUAAUCCAAUCACAGAAGAAAUGACUGAGUCCAAGUUCUCUAAGUACUCGGAAAUGAGUGAGGAAAAACAGGCCAAACUUCGUGAAAUUGAGCUCAAAGUCAUGAAGUUUCAGGAUGAGUUGGAAUUUUGGAAAAAGACCUAAAAAACCAGUCCAGAGUUUUCAGGAGCAAGUAGAACACUACAGAGAUAAACAUCUUCAACGAGAGAAAGAGUUAGAAGGAGAAUGAGAAAGAGACAAGAAAGGGAAAGGGACAAGAAAGAUAAAGAAAAAUUGGAAUCUAGCUCCAAAGACAAGAAGGAAAAAAAUGAGUAUACUCCAACAAGGAAGGAAAGGAAAAGAUGACACAGUACAUCCCUCAGCCUAUCUCACAGUAGCAGUGGUAGAUGAGUGAAAUCCCCAUCACCAAAAUCGGAGUGAUCAAAGUGUUCAGAAAGACCUCAUAAAGA